AUGUCAAGCACAACUGCAUCAACUUCAUCCACGGCAUCCACACCAGCCACACCAGCUUCACAAAUCAUACCAACUUCUUCACAAAAUUUGCUUAAUGACAAAUGGGACGUUGUAUUAUCUAAUGCAUUAAUCAAGACCGGAUUAGGUUUCGGUGGUGGUGUAUUAGCAUCAAUAUUAUUUUUCAAAAGAAGACAAUUUCCAGUAUGGUUGGGAAUUGGAUUUGGUUUGGGAAGAGGAUAUUCUGAAGGUGAUGCUAUAUUUAGAUCGAACCAUGGUUUAAGAACUGUAAAGGCUUAA